AAACUGCUCAGAAUGAGAUUCUGACAACAUUGGUAAUUUCGGCUUUACCUUGAACUGAAGAUGCUUAUCCCUAAGGAGAACCGCAAGGCUAUUCAUCAAACUCUUUUCCAACAAGGUGUUUUGGUUGCCAAGAAGGACUUCAACCUUCCCAAGCACCCUGAAGUUGGUGUUCCCAACUUGCAGGUUAUCAAGGCUUGCCAAUCCUUGGACUCUCGUGGUUACAUCAAGACCCGUUACAACUGGGGUUACUUCUACUACACUUUGAACAACGAGGGUGUUGAAUACUUGCGUGAGUACUUGCAUCUUCCUGCUGAAGUUGUCCCUGCUACUCACAAGCGUCAAGUCCGUGCCGCUGCUCCCCGUGCUACUCGCCCUGAGCCUCGCGAACGUGCUGCCGCUGAUGCUGGUUACCGCCGUGCUGAGAAGAAGGAUGAUGCUGCCGCCCCCGGUGGAUUUGCUCCCUCUUUCCGUGGUGGAUUUGGUCGUCAAUAAACUGAAUAGGACGAUGGUUCAUCUUUAAUUUUUAGUCCCUCGUAUCGUUUGAUAAACCUUGAAAAAGUAUUUGUAAGUUACUAUAUAUCUCUUGUAAUGAAUGUGGAAGGAAUGAGUACUUGGGACUAUUAUUAUUUGUGCAUGGACGGAAUAGGCUUUUUCCUGAAUCGAAUCUAUACUAGCGGUUAUUCUAGGGAAGGCAUUAUGGAUAUUUAGAGGAUUGUAAUUUUGUUCAUUCAUAGUGUAGAAGUGAAAGGGAAUUCUUGUCACCUUGACUUCGCCUGUUUCAAUAGAAGAGUUGAAAUGAAUCAUGAAUUGUACAAUUCUGUAAGUAAUAAACGUGUAGAAAAUAAGAAUAACUCCCAUUGGCGACGCAUCCUUCUUGCAUACGAUCGCUUUUCCAUGUUUAGCCUCUUUCAAACUCUUUCUUUAGUUUCUCCUUGAACCCUGUGAUUCUUCAAUCAGCAAAACCAUUUAUCUUUUUUAGUGCUGCUCGCAACAUUCAUUCCCUUUCAAUAAAAUCGAGAUUGUUUUGUUUACUUAAUAGUGA